GACGGGCCACUUCCGGUGUCCAGGUGCGGGUUCUUCGGCAGGAGGAGAUGGAGCCCAGCGCCGCGGCCCGUGCUCGGUCCCUCUUAUGGCUGCUGCCCGUGCUUGGCUCGGUCUGCGCCAGCGGACCCCGCACCUUAGUGCUGCUGGACAACCUCAACCUGCGGGAGACGCACUCGCUUUUCUUCCGGAGCCUGAAGGACCGGGGCUUUGAACUCACAUUCAAGACCGCUGAUGACCCCAGCCUGUCUCUCAUUAAGUACGGGGAGUUCCUCUAUGACAACCUCGUCAUCUUCUCCCCCUCGGUAGAAGAGGAUACGUUCUUUCUGGGUCACGGCGUCUGGUGCCUUCUUUCAGAUUUUGGAGGCAACAUCAACGUGGAGACCAUCAGUGCCUUUAUUGAUGGUGGAGGCAGUGUCCUGGUAGCUGCCAGCUCAGACAUUGGUGACCCUCUUCGAGAGCUGGGCAGUGAGUGUGGGAUCGAGUUUGACGAGGAGAAAACGGCCGUCAUUGACCAUCACAACUAUGACAUCUCAGACCUUGGCCAGCACACGCUCAUCGUGGCUGAUACCGAGAACCUGCUGAAGGCCCCGACCAUUGUUGGGAAGUCAUCUCUAAAUCCUAUCCUCUUCCGGGGUGUUGGGAUGGUGGCCGACCCUGACAAUCCUUUGGUUCUGGACAUCCUCACAGGCUCUUCUACCUCUUACUCCUUCUUCCCGGAUAAACCUAUCACCCAGUACCCCCAUGCAGUGGGGAAGAACACCCUGCUGAUUGCUGGGCUCCAGGCCAGGAACAACGCCCGGGUCAUCUUCAGUGGCUCCCUCGACUUCUUCAGCGAUGCCUUCUUCAACUCAGCAGUGCAGAAGGCCACGCCCGGCUCCCAGAGGUAUUCCCAGACAGGCAACUACGAGCUUGCUGUGGCCCUCUCCCGCUGGGUGUUCAAGGAGGAGGGUGUCCUCCGUGUGGGGCCUGUGUCCCAUCAUCGGGUGGGCGAGACAGCCCCACCCAAUGCCUACACUGUCACUGACUUAGUGGAGUACAGCAUCGUGAUUGAGCAGCUCUCAAAUGGCAGAUGGGUACCCUUUGAUGGUGAUGACAUUCAGCUGGAGUUUGUCCGCAUCGAUCCUUUUGUGAGGACCUUCUUGAAGAAGAAAGGUGGCAAAUACAGCGUCCAGUUCAAGUUGCCCGAUGUGUAUGGUGUAUUUCAGUUUAAAGUAGAUUACAACCGGCUGGGCUACACACACCUGUACUCUUCCACUCAGGUGUCAGUGAGGCCGCUCCAGCACACGCAGUACGAGCGCUUCAUCCCCUCGGCCUAUCCCUACUACGCCAGCGCCUUCUCCAUGAUGCUGGGGCUCUUCAUCUUCAGCAUUGUCUUCUUACACAUGAAGGAGAAGGAGAAGUCUGACUGAGGGGGCCAGAGCUCUGGACUCUAGCAGCAUGGAGAUGGGCUUUUUGUUAGGGUUCGUUUGUUUUUUCAGUCGUAGGAAAAUGGCACAGCCUUACCUCAGUGGAGAAGCAGCAUAGAGUACAAGGGGUGGGGUCAGGGAAUAAUUUUAAUGUAUGUUUUUCCACCUUGAAUUGCUAAGUGGUAUUUUUCAUAUCACUCUGAUUUCUAAAAUAAAGAGAGACGUUGCCCUCAAA